CAGACUGCCUCACAUUGUUAACGUUGAUUUCUCUCGUUCAAGCCAACAUUUCUGUCUCCCGUGAGCCAAACCGGGGUCACAGGCUCCAACAAAACGCAUGAAAUCUCGCCAACGUGUGGCAGGGGGACGCGCACCGUUAAACUCUCUAACAUGAGGAGGGUUGUUUGGCUGUAACCCUGCCCAGACCGGAGGCUGCUGGUAGGGAUGGUGCCGCUGUGAAGAGCCGGGGUGCCGUUUUUCCGAGGACAUGCCUGCGGUCGGAGGAAAAGGGAGGAAGUGCCUGGAGAACAUGACUGUUUUCAACCAAGAAAAUGUUGAGGAAUUUUACGUUAUUAGAGACGAGCUGGGGAGUGGACAGUUUGCUGUGGUCAGAAGAUGUCGACACAGGAAUACGGGUGUGGACUACGCAGCGAAAUCCAUCAAGAAGCGACGCAGCAAGUCGAGUCGGCGGGGGGUGACGAGGGAGGACAUCGAGCGGGAGGUUAACAUCCUGAAGGAGAUCCAGCACCCCAACAUCAUCACGCUCCAUGAAGUCUUUGAAAACAAGGCGGAGGUCAUCCUGAUCCUGGAGCUCGUGGCCGGCGGUGAGCUCUUCGACUUCCUGGCGGAGAAGGAGUCGCUGAGCGAAGAGGAAGCCACUCAGUUCCUCAAGCAGAUCCUGGAUGGAGUCUUCUACCUGCAUGCCAAACACAUCGCUCACUUUGACCUUAAGCCGGAGAACAUCAUGCUGCUGAACCGCUCAGUGCCUCACCCGCGCAUCAAGAUCAUCGACUUCGGCCUGGCCCACAAGAUCGACUUUGGCAAUGAUUUUAAAAACAUCUUUGGGACUCCAGAAUUUGUUGCUCCAGAGGUAGUCAACUAUGAACCCCUGGGCCUGGAGGCUGACAUGUGGAGUGUUGGUGUGAUAACCUACAUCCUUCUGAGCGGUGCGUCUCCCUUCCUGGGGGACAACAAGCAGGAGACUCUGGCCAACGUGUCGGCUGUGGACUACACGUUCGACGAGGAGUUCUUCAGCAGCACCAGCGCCCUGGCCAAAGACUUCAUCACAAGGCUCCUUGUGAAAGACCCCAAAAAGAGAAUGACGAUUCAGGACAGCCUCCAGCACCCCUGGAUCAAGCCAAAAGACACCCAACAAGCCCUGAGCAGGAAGGAGUCAGCUGUCAACAUGGAGAAGUUCAAGAAGUUUGCAGCUCGGAGAAAAUGGAAACAAUCCGUUCGACUUAUCUCCUUAUGCAACCGCCUGUCACGCUCCUUCCUGUCCAGAAGCAACAUGAGCGUGGCACGCAGUGACGACACGUUGGACGAGGAAGACUCCUUUGUGAUGAAGGCCAUCAUCCACGCCAUAAACGACGACAACGUGCCCGGCCUGCAGCAUCUGCUCAGCUCCCUGAACAGUUACGACGUCAACCAGCCUAACAAGCAUGGGACGCCUCCCCUUCUGAUUGCCGCCGGCUGUGGAAACGUUCAGAUCAUUGAGGUGCUGAUGAGAAAAGGUGCAGAGAUCCAGGCCAAUGACAAGAGUGGAGCCAACGCUAUCUACUACGCAGCGAGACACGGCCACGUGGAGACCCUGAAAUUCCUCCAUGAAAAGAAAUGUCCUCUGGAUGUCCAAGAUAAGUCAGGGGAGACUGCUCUUCACGUGGCGGCCCGCUAUGGCAAUGUGGAUGUGGUGAGCUAUCUGUGCAGCAUCCGAUCCAACCCCGACCUGGCUGACAGGGAGCAGGAGACCCCGCUGCAUUGCGCUUCAUGGCACGGAUACUCGCCAGUUGCUCGUGCUCUCUGCCAGGCAGGCUGCCACGUGGACGCAAAGAACCGCGAGGGGGAGAGUCCGCUGCUGACGGCAUCCGCCCGGGGCUUUGUGGACAUAGUGGAGUGCCUGGUGGAGCACAAGGCUGAUCUAGGGGCGACGGACAAGGACGGCCACACAGCGCUCCACCUGGCUGUACGGAGGUGUCAGGUUGAAGUGGUCCGCUGCCUCCUCAGACACCACUGCCACAUGGACCAGCAGGAUCGCCAUGGCAACACGCCACUGCACAUUGCGUGUAAGGACGGGAACCUGCCCGUCGUCACGGCGAUAUGCAGCGCCAAAGCCAGCCUUGACCUCCCCAACAAGCAUGGCAGAACUCCCCUCCACCUGGCAGCGAACAACGGGAGCCUUGAGGUCGUCCGUCAUCUCUGCCUUGCGGGAGCUAACACUGACGCCAUCACCAACGAUGGAAAGACAGCAGAGGAUUUGGCUCAUGCUGACCAACAUGAACUCAUCGUUUCUCUAUUGGGAAAGCUUAAAAAGGACAACCACAAACUAAGCUACAUCCAGCAGCUGCGGCCCACACAGACCGUGCAGCCAAGGAUCAAGCUGAAGCUGUUCGGAAACUCCGGAGCCGGGAAGAGCACGCUGCUGGAGUCUCUGAAGUGUGGCAUCCUGCGCAGCUUCUUCAGGAGGAAGAGAACACGCAUGACCAACACAACCCGCCACCCAAACUCCCCCGUCAACUCCAAACCUGCAGUGUCGGUGAGUAUUUCCAACCUGUACCCUGGCUGUGAGAAUGUGAGCGUGCGGAGUCGCAGCAUGAUGUUUGAGCCCAGCCUGACCAAAGGGGUCCUGGAGGUGUUCUCCCCAGUCCACAAUGCUCUGUCCUCAGCUGACGAACAAGCAACAAAGGCCAUCGACAUCCAGUACAGCAACAUCCACGGUGUGGGGGAGUUCAGUGUGUGGGAGUUUUCAGGGAACCCAGUUUAUUACUGCUCCUACGACUACUUUGCUGCCAACGACGCCACGGCCAUCCACCUGGUCCUGUUCUCUCUGGAGGAGCCAUACGAGACCCAGCUGGGACACAUCACCUACUGGCUGAACCUGCUCAAAGCCCUCAGCCUGCCACAGGACAACAUCGCUUUCGGAGGUCGGAUCCAGCAGCCUCUCGAGGUCGUUCUUGUGGCGACGCACGCCGACCUUGCAGACGUCCCCAGAGCAUUCUCUGGAGAGUUCACCUACGACAAGGAGAAAGUUCUGCUCAAGGAAGUCAGGAACAGAUUUGGGGUGGACCUGCAGAUAAGUGACAAACUGUUUGUGAUGGACGCCGGGGCCUCGAACUCCAAGGAGGUGAAGCUGCUGAGGAGUCACCUGCAGGAGCUCCGCGCCAACAUCAUCUCUAGCUGCAGUCCCAUGACGCUACUGUCGGAGCGUCUGCUCGCCACCCUGCCGACCUGGAGGAAGCUGAGUGGUCCCAACCAGCUGACAUCAUGGCAACAGUUUGUCAGCGAUGUGCAGGAGCACAUCAACCCUCUGGUCAGCCAGGAUCACCUCCGCACGCUGGCCAUGCAGCUGCACAGCAUGGGGGAGAUCAACAUCAUGCAGAGUGAGACGGUGCAGGAUGUAGUCCUGCUGGAGCCUCGCUGGCUCUGCAGCAGCGUCCUCGGCAAGCUUCUCUCCAUCGAGACGCCCAAGGCCAUCCACCACUACAGGGGACGCUACAGACUGGAAGAGGUGCAGGCUCUGGCUCCUGAGAGCGACGUGGACGAGCUACUGCAGAUCUUGGACGCCAUGGACGUGUGCGCCCGCGACGCCACCAACCCCGCCAUGGUGGACGUUCCAGCUCUCAUCAAGACCAACGGCCUCCACCGCUCCUGGACCGAAGAAGAGGAGGAGGAGUCGCUGAUUUACGGCGGCGUGCGUCUCGUUCCUGCGGAGCACCUCACCCCCUUCCCCUGUGGCCUAUUUCACAAGCUGCAGGUAAACCUGUGUCGCUGGAGCCACCAGCAGAAGCCCGAGGAGGAGGGCGGGGAGGAUUUCGACGGGGAUAUCCACCUGUGGACCAACGGAGCCAAGGUGAGCCAAGGAGUAGUGGAGGCCAUGAUCCUGCUGGUAAACCACGGCCAGGGGGUGGAGAUUCAGGUGCGCGGGCAUGAGUCAGAGCGGGCCAAGUGCUACACCCUGUUGGACACCGCCUGUAGUAUAACGGAGAAUCUGCUUGCCUCCACGCUCCCCGGACUGCUCACAGCCAAAUACUACCUGAGUCCUCAGCAGCUGCGGGAGCACCACGCCCCCAUCAUGAUCUACCAACCCAAAGAUUUCCUCCGGGCCCAAGUCCAGCGGGAGAACUCGCUCACCAACACCAUGGGCGGCUACCGAGAGACCUUCAGCAGCAUCCUGUCUUUCGGCUGCGCUGAGGUCUACCAGCAGGGGACUCUGGGAACAGACAUCCACAUAUCAGAAGUCCCCUUGUUGGCGCGCAGGAAGCUCUGCCGCAUGCUGGACCCUCCUGACGCUCUGGGGAAAGACUGGUGCCUGCUGGCCAUGAACCUCGGCCUCACAGACUUGGUGGCCAAAUACAGCAACGGAACUCCGAAUGGCGCCUCUGAGCUGGACUCGGACCAGGACACCCAGCAGGCCUUGCUGCAGCCCAGCCCAACGGCGGCACUGCUGCACGAGUGGAGCGGGCGAGCGGACAGCACGGUGGGCGUGCUGAUGGCCAAACUGAGGGAGCUCGGCCGCAGGGAUGCUGCCGACUUCCUGCUCAAAGCUUCUCCUGUUUUCAGAGUCAACAUGGAAGCGCUGGCCAACGGCUACCCCCCCAGCUGCAACGGCGGCACGUCAUACAACUCUAUCAGCUCCGUCAUCUCCCGCUGACCUGAGUGGGGCCGGCUCUCCGUCCUUACCCUAUCUUCGGAUUGUGUAUAACUUUCCCCCUAAAACAGGACUCGUGUGUGAAUGAACAUGAAGUGCAAUCAUUCAGCUGCUCGCUCUUUAAUCACUCCAUUAAGUUGCCGUGGGAACCAGAUGUCGUGUUUGUGCUCUCCACACCUGUACAGCUGCCCUUCCACGAUGAAUAUUGUGAGAGAGCUGAUUGUCCUGAGCUCCAAAGAGGAACCCUGUGCUUUUAUUCUGUUUCUAAAUCUUGUUGUGCUGCUUUUUAAAAUACCUUCUACUCUACUGCACACUCACUCCACUUCAUUUAUAAGCUAUCAACUCUAGAGAAGGGACGAUGAUUAAAGAUGGCAGCCUCAUGUUCGGACCUUUUUCAUAUCCUACUGAGGACAUGCCGUUUGUACUCACUCCAUCCAUAAUAGAAACAACGAAUAAUGUUAUUCUCUCCUUCCUUCUUUUUUGUGACAUUUGGGCCGUUCAGCUUAGUGUUUAAUAAAUUAAAAGCAUUUUUUCAGAGUGCCUUUGUGGCCUUCUACCUCCCUGAAGAGCACAAAUAAUCUUGUUAUUAUAAAAAAACGUCUUUCCAAACAUUUGAAGAACUGUGCCUUGUUGACACUAAUAGGAACGUUUCUUUCAAGUUUUAAAAUGAAACAGGCCAUCCUACAUUUCAGACUCUAAAAAAGGUUAUUAAAUAAAGAAAAAAGAAAGCUACGCUCAUUUUACAACUACAUGUUUCUGAAACCAGAUAUCUUGCUGUUUUCUCUUUAGUGUUUGGGAGUCGCUGUAGAGAUCAAACCUUUUAUAGCAGUCAGUGAGGAGUCGAUGUGCGUCGUCCCUGUUUAAUGGAUGCUUUUGUGGGUUCAUACAGAUCAGCUUUUUGCUGACGAUUAAUUUUACCGGUUGCAUAAUGUCCUAAAGAACAAUUUCAUGUGGUAUUAACUAUAGCGAGACAAGUGAGUUUUUAGAUGAUUGAAUUCCCUUGAAAGACUUGCUACACCGUUAGAAAUGUAACCGAAAUCGAAUUGCCUGUUUAUAGCAAAUAUUCAGUUCUGUAGUUUCUUACACCAGCAGGUGAUCUUCACUAAUCUGUUAUUUCAAUGAAAAAAAAAAUUCAAAACCCAAAGAUUACUACCAUACAAGAAUAAAGAAAGCAGCAAAUAUGUUUUUGUAGCUAGGACCAGUGACCGUUUGGAAAUUUGUUUUUAAAAUCGUUAUAUGGUUAUCGAAAUUGUAGCUGGUUGAUUGACUCAUUGAUCACUCGACUAAUCAUUUCCGGUAUGUAGUCAUCUGCAUACAGUACGCUACUACACAAGAAAUCAAAGAACUUUACAAUAUCUUAAUUAACAGGAAGUGACAUCACACGUGAAUUAAAUUGCCAGUUAGUGAAGGGUCUUUAUGAAUAUUUAAUACUUCUAAUGCAGCUGUGAACUGCUCCUCUACUCCCUUCUCAAAAUUCAUGUGUCCUAGUCUGCUUACUGAUUUGUAUUUUGGAUACUUCAUGUUGUUACUUUCCAUUCAAAAUCUGCUUUGGAUAAGUUUGUAUUUCUUUAAGGGAUCGCCCUUACUACACAUUUUCCUAUAAUUAUGACCAAAUUACAAGAUAGUUCUUUCCAGUAACUUUCCAAAGAGUUUACAGUUGAAUAUCUGUUCCUUACUUAGAAAUGUUAACCAACUAUGGAAGUUGUAAAAAAUGUGUUACUAUAAUUUUCACAAGUCUACUCUUAUUCAGUUCACAGAAAGGGACUGCGAGUCAUUUUUAACUCUGAACAUAUUUCCUCUAAGUGCAUUGUCCUAUUAAAGGGUAUUGGGCCUUCUACCACCAAAAUGUUUUUGCUGUAAAGGUUAAGAGACAUUUAAAAUCAUAAUGGCGGACAGGGUGGAGCAAACACUGCUCAUCUUGCUUUAUAUUAAAUAGAGAGUGCCAACAAUGAUGGGAAAAAAUAAAGUUCAUGUUUUCUACAAAACAUCUAUUAUAUCCAAUUUGUAAUGCUUCCUCUUCAGGUUUCCUGCAUUGCUGACGUCAACAUGAAGUUUACCGUCCACCGUGUCAGAUUGGUACACUCGGUCGAGGUAAAUUUGAGCGCCACUCGGCCGCGCGUGGCUUCACAUCUUCUUUCACUUUUGCUCUUUUUAUAACAUGAAGCUGCGGCCCGGCUCGGUCAGCAAAAGAAAGAAAAAGAUGGGAUAAAGUUAGUAUUGUUAGCUGUAAAAACGGGACAAAGGCUGGUGACAGAAAUGUGGUAUCGGUGUGAGCGGGGCGUUUUAUAAUGUUUGUGAUCAGAAACCAUUUUUCAUGUGUUGAUGUUUCGAAAAGGGUCUUUCAUUCUUAAAAAUAUGUCACUACAUUGUGGUCCUUUUUCAGGACACAGUGUCACAAUUUGGUAAUAAAAGGUUGUGCUGACGUGCCAGAGUGCAGUAUUUCCUGUUCGCUUUAAUUUCCCAGUGUUACAGUCUGUUUUGCAGAGAUAAUACUUUGAAUACUUUUCCACUAUUGUACUUCUCUAACUUAAUCUGUCUGGGCCUGAAUUUGCCAAUCCACACAGCAAUAUUUCCAGCUGUGAUGUAAAUACUCCCGGCCUGUUUCUUCACUUCCCUUUUCCCCCUCUUGGCCUCAAUUAGUUGAUUCCAAUUUCAACAAAGCAAACUGAAUGUACUGCACAUCGCUCCUAAGAAUAUAAAAACAAAUCAAAUAUAUGCUGAUGAAACUCUAAAAAUGUAAAAAUGUGAUUUAAAUGUCCCAAACUGGUCAGACACAUAUUUGUACUUACUUUAUUUUUUCUUUAAAAGGUUUGCCAAUGCUGUGUGCCUAAAACACACUCUUUCAUUCCUCUUGUUGUACAGUAUACAAGCUGAGAAGUGAUGUUUCAGAAAGGGAAGUGAAUAUUAUGUUUUUGUAAAAGCUGGGAAUCACUAUAUUAUUAUCAACUUUGUCUCCACUCGGUGUCUUUUUUCCGUAUGGUUCAAACAUAAAUGAGUGGAUUCAAAAGUAUUUUUCUGUAUGUUUAUGUUUGAUGCUUAUUUUUCCGCCUUCAGAGACUGCGGUCCAAUCGCCACAUUGCACACAUUGUCUUUUUGUCACUAUUUAUGUUACGUUCUUUUAGCAUGUCUCGGAAUGCCAUGUUGUUAGUACUUCUGACACUUUAUAGUGUAAUACAUUUUAUAAUAAAUUCUUUACCUAA